GCGCGGAUCGCGCGCCCCCGCCGCUCUGCCCCCAAACUUCAGCUGCAGCUUCAUUCCAAGCCAUCUAAUUUAUUCCUCAAAAAAAUCAGAAACGGAGCAGCGACACAGGGAAGGAGUCCGCGGAGGAGUAAAACCACAGCAGAGCAACAAGAGCCUCCGAGCCGCCUCCCCCGCCCGGAGCCACAAUCCGGCCUCGGGAGUGAAGGAGCCAACAAGUGAGAAGGCGCCGCGGUCCCGGGGCGCAGCCGGAGGAAGCGGGCGCUCCGGAGCCCCGAGCCCCCCGAGUCCCGUCGACCCCCCCGAACCGCGGUCGCUGCGGCAGCUCCGCUCCUGAUCUUUCUGCGCGAGCAGCGCCGGGCGCUGGGCGAGAAGCUUCGUAUUCUCCCUCGUUGCAAGCGGGCAGCUGGGAGCCACCGGUCCCGGAGGAAUAUGCGGCGCGCUUGGAUCCUGCUCACCUGGGUCUUGGUGGCCUGCGUGUCCGCCGAGUCGAAAAGCGCCUCUCGCUGAAGUUACCCCGAGGUCCCCCGGGAUGAGAGCGAAGCGGGCAGAGCUGACAUCUGAUAAAGACAUGUACCUCGACAACAGCUCCAUUGAAGAAGCUUCAGGAGUAUAUCCUAUUGACGAUGAUGACUAUGCUUCUGCAUCAGGCUCGGGAGCUGAUGAGGAUGGAGAGAGUCCAGAGCUGACCACGUCUCGGCCCAUUCCAAAGAUACCGUUCACUAGUACUGCUCCGAGAGUGGAAACCACAACGCUGAGCAAGAUACAGGACAAGAUCCCUGCUCAGACAAAGUCACCUGAAGAAAUUGAUAAGGAAAAAGUUCACCUCCCUGACUCAGAAAGGAAAAUGGACCCAGCUGAAGAGGAUACAAAUGUAUAUACUGAGAAGCACUCAGACAAUCUGUUUAAACGAACAGAAGUCCUGGCAGCUGUCAUUGCUGGCGGAGUUAUCGGCUUUCUCUUUGCAAUUUUCCUUAUCCUGCUGUUGGUGUAUCGCAUGAGAAAGAAGGAUGAAGGAAGUUAUGACCUUGGAGAACGCAAACCAUCCAGUGCUGCUUAUCAGAAGGCACCUACUAAGGAGUUUUAUGCGUGAAAACUCCCAUUUAGUGUCUCUAUUUAUGAGAUCACUGAACUUUUAAAAAUAAAGCUUUUGCAUAGAAUAAUGAAGAUCUUUGUUUUUUGUUUGUUUGUUUUUUUCAUUAAAGAGCCAUUCUGGCACUUUAAUGAUAAAAAUCCCAUUGUAUUUAAAUCUUUUCAUGUAUUUCUUUAGAACAACAUAAAAUUCAAACUUAACAUCUGCAGUGUUCUGUGAAUAGCAGUGGCAAAAUAUUAUGUUAUAAAAAUGCUCAAUGUACAUGGAAUCAGUUUAAAUUUCUAUGCGCAAAUAUGAAAAGAGUGUUUUUAUCCGAUGGUUCGAAGAUGAAAGCUAUUUCAUUUGUGUCAGCAUGUCUCAGAGUGACCUUAUCAAGUUGGUCUUACUUUGUUAAUUUAUCUGUUGUUCCCCUCUACUCUGCUCGCCCUUGAAAACGAAACAAAACUCUAUGCCUUUUGUAGCUGUUACGGUGCAAUUUGUCUUUGGGUAAUUCAGAUAAUGGUAAUUUAGUGUAUAUGUGAUUUUCAAAUAUGUAAACUUUAACCUCCACUUUGUAUAAAUUUUUAAGUGUCAGACUAUCCAUUUUACACUUGCUUUAUUUUUCAUUACCUGUAGCUUCAGGCAGAUUUGCAACAGCAAAUUAAUGUGUAAAAUUGGAUUAUCACCACAAAACUGUUUAGUCAUGUCUAUCCAUUCAGAUCUUCUUUUGAGAGGAUUUGAUGUGAGUUACUGACAAGCCUCAGUAAACCCAAAGAUGCUAACAGUAUUUUGAGAAGUUGCUGCAGAUUCCUUUGGCCACUGUAUUUGCUAAUUUCUUGCGAUUUGAAGGUACGAGUAGGGACUUAAGGAAAAAAUCAGUUUUUGUUCUUACAAAUGCAUUUAAGUUGUAAACGUCUUUUUAAGCCUUUGAAGUGCCUAUGAUUCUAUGUAACUCGUUGCAGACUGGUGUUAAUGAGUAUAUAUAACAGUUAAAAAAAAAGUUGGUAUUUUAUAAGCACAGACAAUUCUAAUGGUAACUUUUGUAGUCUUACAAAUAGACGUAAAUUGUAAUUUGGGAAUAUAAAAACUACUGAAUAAAUCAUGUGGCCUAAUAUUGAAAAUGUCACUGUUAUAAAUUUUGUACAUUUUCGAUCAAAUGUACACUUCCCCUUUGCUAACGACCGUCUGCUCUCAAGGAUGUUGUGGGUUUGAUUUCUGAGUGUUCCACAGUGUCUGUAAAUCAAAACCAAAGAGCUCAUUUGAUGAGGCUGUGUAUUAUCAGAUUCGCUUCUGAAUUGGCCAGAGGAAAUCUGAAUGUAUCAUCCUGUGUGUGUUUGGAUGUAGAUAUUGGAAGGCUGCCAGGGAGGGAAUUGUGAGUUUCACAACCUCUAUAGAGAUAGCUGAUGGCAAUAUUGAGAUGGAUACCUGCUCUGGCAAAUAACUUUUAGGACUAUAAUUUCCAAAGAACUAAAGAGGGCUUUCCUGAUGUCAGUAUCUAUGGUUUAGUCCUCUGGAUUGUUUUACCUUUGAAACUGUGCUCCGAAUCUCUCCUGAAGUUUAACCGAAGAAGUAAUAGAUGGAAUACCAUAGUUCACACUAUGGGGAAGAAGAGUCCCUCAGGGAGGUUCUAGGUGUUAAAAGGAGGGCUUCACUGCUUAGGAAUGAGGUUGCCAGAGAGCAGUGAUGCCUAAGGAAGAGAUGGAAAUGGGAGGGUACCCUGGUGCCCUGGCUGGGGACUUCCUUCUAACUGAACAUUUCCUUUUUCUGUUUUACCACCAAUUUUGUUUUAAAGUGUGAGCUGCCAAAGUUGGAAGAAGACAGCAAAAAUAGCAACCUUUCCAACAUAUAAUUUGCUUUUAACGAAGUAUGAAUACUUGCUUCAUUUGGAGAACAUUCCCUGGAAUUGCCACAGAACUCAAAAAAAAAAAAAAAAAAAAAAUUGAUGCAGCACUCAGAACAGUGUUUACUUAAAUUCUUAAUGGCCUUAAUUCUCAAAGUCCUGUCCCAUCACUUACAGAAUCAGUCUACUGCAGAGUGAUUAAAAGGAAGUGAUAGCACUUUCUAAAGCUGCACAAUGUCCCUCGGUUAUGGAGGUUAUGAGUGUAGUGGGUAUACCUCUAACUGUGCAAAGCAUAGCAAAGUUCAGUUUGUAGAAUAUUAACUGCUUGGAAUAUUCAUGUCAGGAAAAGGGAAUUUCUGGCAAAUAUUUUGUCACUGCUGUAAAGCAAAAUAUUUGUUAAAGUGCCAAAAUAAAGUCUGUCAUGCUGAAAGUAAAAAAUCA